GCCACGACAAAUGGAUAGCUAGGCUUACUUUAUCUCAUAACCGUAGAUAGAAGAAUACAACGUCACUUGACUCGAACAACGACAUGAGUGAGUAAAUGGGUGAUUUCUUCAUUAAAAUCUGGCGCCUUUUCUCGUACUUUUCUAUCCAUCCUCUCAUAACACUGAUAUCAGUGCUGCGGUGAUCAAUCUUUCCGUUCAUUUACUUACUUUUUCGUUCGAGAUGGGCUCAAACUCACCACCAGGCCCUGAGUGCAUAGAAUGGUACCCUGUGAGACAGCUUCUAGGAUAUCCCGGACACGAGUUCAUCCUCAUAGUAUUACACCAGCCCAUCCGAGAUCCCUGCUUAUUUGGGGAUCUCUGGAGCAUAGCCGAGACCAAAAUUGCUGCAGAUGGAGGUGCCAACCGGAUCUACGACCUAAGCAAGCGAGUGGUCCCUGAAAAGGGCACCGCUGGGAGUUCGGGGCCAUUUACGGAUCUCCACACCAUCAUAGGGGAUCUUGACUCUCUCACGGACGAGACCCGCCAGUACUUCUCGCGCAGCCGCAUCAUCCGCGAGAGAGAACAGGAUUCCACUGACUUCGCCAAGGCCGUGCAUCUCGCCCGCAAGGAGUCUCCCGGCCGGGACAUCGUGUGCAUGGGCGGGCUCGGCGGCCGCGUGGACCAGGGCCUCAGCCAACUACACCACCUGUACCUAUUCCAGAAGUCACCGACGUACGCGGAUGGCCGGAUGUAUCUGGUAUCCGGGGAUUCGCUAUCAUUCAUUCUCAAGGGUGGCGUGAGGCACCGGAUCCGGGUGCGCGAGCCAGAGCUGAAAGUCGCCGAUACCUUCCGCCGGGUCUCGCGCGAUCCCUUCGCGAAGCACGUCGGCAUCGUCCCUGUGGGCGAGCCCGCUGUCAUCUCGACGAAGGGGUUCGAAUGGGAUGUUCAGAAUUGGGAUACGGCCUUUGGGUACCGCAUGAGCACGAGUAAUCACGUUCUGCCGGACUCGGAGGUCGUCGAGGUUCAGGCGGAUAAGGAUGUGUUAUUCACGAUAGCGUUGAAACAGGCCUCGAAUGACUAAAUUUUACCCACAGGCAUUCCAUUUAUGCAUAAACAUUCCAUACUCUGCCGUUAAGUAAGGGUAUAUGGGAAGAACUUGCACAAUGGCCAUCUGGCAUCUAGCCGAUGACUACAUGGCGGAUCUUAGAUUGACGUCAAAAGCAUACUGCUAUAUCUCACUUGAUAGAAAUAUAUCCAGGAUCGGGCAUCUCAUGAAUGAAGAAUGUCUUCAGCCAUAUGAACCGAGCGAGUGGAAGGGAUAGAGAAAGACGGGGUGAUAAGUAGAUAGAGCUUGUGA